AUGCCGACUCUUGACUCUACUGUGCAGUCGCCAUCUUCAAGAUAUAAGACUGAAACGCCCGUAGCCUAUGAGAAUGAACCAACAAGACUAGAUACCUUGGACAUGCUCCUCAACCUGCCAGCUGAACAACUUUCCACCGUCUUCUCCUUCUGCGACCCCAGGUCUCUGGUAGCGUUGAGUCUUGUAUCUCCGUACCUGAGAGCAGCAGUCCAGUCGAAUGCCAUGCUUUACAAGGCAGCGUUUGAGGAGGUCUUCUUUGCCCAGACGAAAGAAAGGUCUGCAGAGUACAAACCCACAAUUGAGCAACAACUGACUUUCGUUGCUUCUCUGGGAGACAAGGUCGAUGUCGAAGCUGCGAUAGAAGAGUUGAGGGCGGAAAAUGAUUUAGAGUCGAUUCUUCCGCCCUUCAGCGAUCAUUACGAGGUUCAUAGCAACGCUUUGCUUGCGCCAGAGACCCAAUUAGACAACUCCCUGUGCAAUUUCACCAACCCAGCGACGCUUGACGGCGAUACCAUCACCUGGCUAGUGACGGAGGAGAAUUGGAUAACGGUCUAUGCCUUGAGUUUGAGAGAUGGGAUUUUGAGAGUCAAGGGAAGGAGAAGCCUGGAUCAGAAGACCGAAGCUGGUGGAACUGCAGUCAACAACACGGAACGGCAGGUUCAAAUGGUGAGGUCGCUGUUGGGUGUUCAGUCUAUGACAAGUGAUACGGAGAUUUAUCAGGAGGAAUUGUGGUUGAAAAAAGUGAACGCAACAGUUUUAAAUGAUGCGGAGGCUUGUGAUUCUGGAUCGAGACACGCCAUCUCGUGGAUCAUGUUGCCAAUUGGAUAUUCUCUCCCUCCUAUUGGUGUUCAACGACUUCAGAUCCAAGUCAAUUCCCGCUACAGCUAUUGUAGAUUGGAUUCGGAAACACAUUCAGCGUGGUUUCUCCUUGAUUGGGAACGGGCCAAAUCGUUUCUACUGUUCCAGACAAAGCUCAUGAGUGACCAGAUAGCUCUUCAUGUCUGUCAGUACACUGGAUGUGUGUUUUUCACCUCCAGAUCGAGUCUGAGAGUUGUGAAGCUGUUUCCACGAGUUUCGAAUCGUCAAGUCGCGUGGUACCAUGUUGCCCAGACAAAUAACUUACCCAAGUCGUAUCUAUCAGACAAGUAUGGAGUUGUGGUGAAGGAGGGAAGCGAAAGGACUUAUCUAAAGCACAAGGGGAGCAUUCUACUGGUUGGUAGACACGAGGGAAAGACUCAAUGUUGGAAAUAUAGUCGUCCCUUCCUCACCAAGCUCGACCAGUUCGUCAGGAGACAUUUCGUGUCGUGGAAGAACCAGUGUGAGGACUGUCAGGAGUGGAAGCGGUGGAAGAGAGACUUGAGCGGCUAUUUCUAUCCGAUAAAGAAGAGGAGGAGAGAUUGA